AUGGGCACAGCCCUCUCAACUGCCCAGGCCAUUCUGCCUGAUUCGGCAGAGUUCUACCCCGUCUCCCCAGUGGGUUAUCACUUUGCUCUCACGGUCUUUCAAUACUUCCCAGUGGUCUGCAUCAUACAAUGGAUGACCUCCUGGCACCCAGCAGGCAAAACGUCCAUGUCAAGCUCCAUUUUCAACAUGCCCGGUCGCAUCGGAUGGUUCCUGAUGGAGAUUGCCGGUCCCCUCAACUUGAUCUACGACCUCAGCAUCUCAACAUCGCCGUCAUUCUCUGAGCUUCCUGUAGCAAAUCAGCUUGUUGCGGCACUUUACUGCAUUCAUUAUGCCAACCGCGCUAUCAUUUCGCCCUUUUUCUCGGCGCCGAGCAUGUCGCCCAUGCAUCUGCUUGUCGUGUCCAGUGCAAUCUUGUUCAACUGGUUCAACUCGACUUGUCUAGCUGGCUGGAUUCGUGGGCAUGAGAUUUCCAUUCCAGGAUUUGUGACUAAUGGAGCGGAGACAUUUCACUACUCUUCUUCGCCUUCGUGGAUGGCGGCGCUGCCUUUCCUCGGAACCGCGCUAUUUGCUCUCGGCAUGGCUGGCAAUAUCUACUCCGAGACCUCUCUUUUCCGCAUGAGACGAUCCGAGGUUGAGCAACGUUCCGCAAAGAAGUCGGACUCCGGCACACCUACUUCUGCAAAUGGCGGUAACAAAUACAACAAAGUCUACGUGAUUCCUCCCACGCAGGGAAUCUUCCGCUCCAUUCUGUACCCGCAUUACGUCUUCGAGUGGCUCGAGUGGACGGGCUUUGCCAUUGCCGGCCUGGCGGUUUAUCCUCUUUCUGCAUCCACCAAGCUUAGCACCGCUGCUGCCACUAGCGUUUCGCCCCCGUUCAUGUUAGCCCCUUGGUUGAUACCGUUUGCCUCUGUGACGGCUCGACUCGGACUUCCUCUACCUUUGCCGGCGAUUGUGUUUCUCGUCAAUGCAGUUGCUAACAUGCUGCCCCACGCACGGUGGGGACGGAAGUGGUACGUUGAAAAGUUCGGCGAGAAACAGGUUGCUGGAAGAGGAGCUGUUGUGCCCUGGUGUUCUUGGAUGUGA